ACCUCAGAAUGAAGCACACAGCACUAUUGGCACUAUUGGUUGCCUUUUUGGCGAUGGCCCAGCACUCGGCUGGCAAUACAAUCACAAGUUGUUACAGCUGCUAUGGCAUUAAUUGCCAACGUACUUCAUUGCAUCAGGAACAGAGUUGUGUCGACUCACUGGACUAUUGUGUGACCAUUUAUGAGGAAGCCAAAGUUCUUUACAAGGGUUGUUCCCUAGAAAUACCCUACGAAUUGCAAAGUCGUUGUCUAACGGAAGAUUCUUGCCACAAAUGUAAUACAAAUCGUUGCAAUAAUGUAGGCUCGGCAGCUUAUGCCUGUGUGGAGUGUGAUUCAAGCAAGGACUCCAAUUGCGUGGAUAAUGCUGACUCCUUGGAUGCUGUACGUUGUGCGGUGCCAACGGCAAGUAAUUCCUAUUGUUAUGCCAAAUCUUCUAACAAUGUGGUUCAAAGAGGCUGUGCCACAACCGAGACUGAGCAACAGAGUUGCCUAACCGAUGACAAUUGCAUUUUAUGCUCUCCAGGGGACAUCACGAAAUGCAACACUGUAAAAAUUGACGCAGAAUCAAAUAUCGGCAAUCGUUUCAUUCGCUUUCUAAGAUAAUUUUUGCUAUGGCACAAAUAAAUUUGAUUACAUUUGUAUAAAUAAAAAGCCUAUAAAAUGAAAA